UGCCAUCCUUUACUUUGCGCUCAGCCGCUCUUGGCUUCUCAUUCAACAAGCAGGGUGAGGCUUUUUUUGCUUCCAUAGGAGAAAAAAAAAGAAGAUCCCAUCGGAUAUAUUCACCGCCUCUGACCUCUUUACCCAUCCCGGAGUUGGAUUUUUUUUUUUAUUAUUAAUAAACCUCCUUGGGUUUUUUCUUUUCCGAGUUUCUUUUUCAUUUAUUUUGUUGUGAAGGAAAAAGACAAUGGGAGCCCAGUUGUCCAAGGGUGGAGUGGAGGUGGAGGGGAAAGCCGCCGCUGACCCUGCUGCUGCCAAAGCCAACGGCCAGGAGAAUGGCCAUGUGAAGACCAAUGGUGAUGUUUCAGACAAACCUGAUGGGGAAGUAGUCGCCGCCGAUGGGAAUGGAACCGCUGAACCAGCCAAGGAGGGCGAAGCCAACGCUGGGGACGCCAUUGAGCCUGCUCCAGUUGCUGAGGGUGAAGCUUCCAAGGCAGAGGCAGAGGCUGGCAAAGAUGGCAAGAAGAAGAAGAAGUUCUCCCUGAAGAACUCCUUCAAAUUCAAAGGCAUCUCACUAAAGAAGAACAAAAAGGGAAGCGAGGAAGGCAAGGAGGAGGCCACGUCUCCCACGACCGAGGACAAGCCCGAGGAAAAUGGCCACACAGCCAAGGAAACCAAAGAGGAGACGCCGGCUGUAGAGGCCAAAGAAGGGGAGGCGGUUGCUUCCCCUGCAGCUGAGGGUGAGGUCAAGGCUGCUGAAGAGGCCCCACCAACAGAGGAUGCUCCUGCCGAGGAGGCUGCCGCCGCCGCCGCUGCUGAGAGCACAACACCUGCAGCCUCUGAGGGUGAGGCCAAGGCAGAGUGACUGCACCCGAACUGAUUUUCCAAGAUUAAAGUAUAUAAAAAAAAUAUAUAUAUAUGAGAGACUUGUGCCACGUUCUCAAAAGUUAUAAACAAAACUACAAAAGAAGACAAAAAAGGAUAUAUCACAUUUGCUGAUUAAACCACCAGUUCACUGCCUUUUAUUAGUUCUUCGACAGACGGAAACUCACCGGGCCCUCUCAUGAUGAACGCGUCGGCUUGCGUCUCCACCCUCCCCCUUAUGGUACACACAGGGGCCGGUGUGUGGUGACUGUAAUGGCUUGGGCGCUGAGCAAAUCAGGAAUACUGACUUAUAUUCCCAAUUCAUGGAGAAAAAAAAAUCUUUUAUUAUUUUUAGCAGCGUGGCAGCCCUAUAAAAUCAAUUUCUUUCUUGGUCUUGGGAUCUAAAGAUUUUUUUCCACUCUUUGCUGAGCCGGAGCAGACCAUCUCUCUCACUCAAAGACUGUUAUAUGGACACAUGAAUCUUUCAAAUGAUCUUAUUAAUUUUUAGAUUUUACAUUCCUACGCUUUAUCCCCCUCGAAUUCCAAGUAUUUUGUCAUGUAUAGAAAAGUGAUAAUCCAGGAGGGGAGUUUGGAAAAGAGAUGUCUUAGUCUUUUUUUUUCCUUUUUUUUUUUUUUUUGGCUAAAACCACAUUCAAGCAGUGUUCACAUUUCAGAGUUUAUGAUGCAGUGGGGGUUGGGGUUGUGUACAAAUGUGAGCUUUUUAUCUGCAAACUGUCUCUGUAAAUAUGUUUUGGCAAACAUGUACGGUUUUCUUUAUUUUGCUAUUGUUUGAAGAUGUUAAUGGUUUAAUUGUAACUUUUAAUAAGGGUAAAAAUAAAUGUUCAAUCCCCUCCAA